GUUUCCGCAGACGGACGCAAGGAAGCUGACUGGGGAGUAAGUCUCGCUCGGCUCCAAUUCGGAUCUUCUGCGCAGUUCCGCCCUGCUUUCCGCAGCCGCUCACAGUCCCGCCCCGGGAGGAGGCGGAGAAGGAGGCGAAGGCAAGGCGAGCUCUCCGCGGGCGCUCGUCUCCCUCGCUGGCCUCUAGGGCGCCGGAAGGAGUGGGGCCGGGCGCCAUGGGCGAGCGCCGCGGCUGCCGCCCUUGGCCGUGCGGACCAGCUGGGCCGGAAAGCAGCGAGGAGUUGUCCUCAGAUGGACUUGAAAAUUGCUUAAAACCAAAUGAGGAACCUCUCUUAAGAAUAAACCCGCAUCGAUUUGUCAUCUUCCCAAUUCAGUACCCCGAUAUAUGGAAAAUGUACAAGCAGGCCCAGGCUUCCUUCUGGACAGUAGAAGAGGUUGACUUGUCAAAGGAUCUUCCUCAUUGGAACAACCUAAAACCAGAAGAGAAAUACUUUAUUUCACAUAUCCUGGCUUUUUUUGCUGCCAGUGAUGGAAUUGUAAAUGAAAACUUGGUAGAACGUUUUAGCCAAGAAGUGCAGAUCCCAGAAGCUCGCUGUUUCUAUGGCUUCCAGAUAUCAAUAGAAAACGUUCAUUCUGAGAUGUAUAGUUUGCUAAUAGACACUUACAUCAAAGAUCCCAAGAAAAGGGACAUUUUAUUUAAUGCUAUUGAAACAAUGCCAUGUGUCAGGAAGAAAGCAGACUGGGCACUGAGAUGGAUAAAGGACAGGGAAGCCACUUUUGGUGAAAGAGUGGUGGCAUUUGCUGCUGUUGAAGGAAUCUUCUUUUCUGGUGCUUUUGCAGCAAUAUUUUGGCUCAAGAAGAGAGGAGUAAUGCCAGGCCUUACUUUCUCCAAUGAACUUAUUAGCAGAGAUGAAGGGCUCCACUGUGACUUUGCUUGCCUGAUUUUUCAGCAUUUAGUGAAUAAACCUUUGGAGGGAAGGGUGAAAGAGAUCAUUGUCAAUGCAGUUGAAAUUGAAAAGGAAUUCUUGACAGAGGCCUUACCUGUGGGAUUGAUUGGAAUGAAUUGCACUCUGAUGAAACAAUACAUUGAGUUUGUGGCUGAUAGGUUACUUCUGGAACUGGGUUUCCCUAAGGUCUUUCAAGCAGAAAACCCUUUUGACUUCAUGGAGAAUAUUUCACUGGAAGGAAAAACCAAUUUCUUUGAGAGAAGGGUUUCAGAAUAUCAACGUUUCGCAGUUAUGGCCAAAGCAAAUAAUAAAGUAUUUACUUUAGAUGCUGACUUCUGAUGCUGCCUUCUUGGAAGACUGACAAAGCCGAACUACACACUCACCAUUAAUUGCGUCAGGAGACUUCUGCUUCUUGUAAUCCAAGUAGGGUAUUCUGGGAAUAUUUUGUUAACUACUGAUGGUUGAUAGAAAAGUUCAUACAAAUAUAUUACAAGUUCUGUGCAUAUAUACACUCUUUAACAACAAUUCGUUCUGUAAAAUCAUGCAACUUUUAUAAAACUAUAUUGCAACAUUUAGGACAAAGUUUAGCUGCUGAUCAUUUUGUUAAAAUCUAAUCCCAUCAGUCGAGUGGAAAGCUUUUAUGAUGGUGAGAAUGAUUGCACGAUAACAUUUCUUCCUACCUCAGUUCUUGAACUGAACUGAGAUGAAGGACGUACUGUUUUGUACCUAAAGGGAUGUUCCAACAUAAGACUUGGUUAAAGUUUGGAUGGGAGACCCCCAGAGAAGCUUAAGACUGUAAACUAGAUUUGAAAAACAUCCUAGGCAGUGGCAAACCACUUUUGUAUUGUAUCAAAGACAGCGAUGUAGACAGGACCAUGUAAGCUGCAAGUAUCGAAGUUGACUCAAGAGAGACUUUAUUUUGUACGUAAGAGGAACCUGUGCUUGGGAAAAUGAAUAAGAUGACACUAGCGCUUUAUAAUCUUUUAAAACUGUCAUUUUGGUUAGUCAAAUCAGCACAAUGUCUGACAUAAAGUGUUUGAGAGGAAUUUUUCAUUUGGCCUAAAUGCUUUUGGCUGUAAACUUGACUGCAGCAACUCACACAGCAUAGAAGUGAUCACCUUACAAGGUUUGGCUUAUUCAGCAAAAUGAACCAACAUAGCUUGUUUUUGUUAUGCAAACAUGGCUGUUUGGUUUAGUCAACAAAUCUCUCCUUAAUGUAAUGUGUGAACAAUAUCUGUGUUUAUAUGACACACUGAUCCAAAAACUAUCCAGGGCAUUUUAAGUUAGAGUAGCGAGCGAACCCAGACCUUACAAUUAAUUUUUGGUUUAGCGUGUCAUGCGAACCUAGAAAAUUGGGGUAAUUUAAUAAUUCAUGCAUAGUGAUGUCAUCUGAACUUAGCUUCAGUGUAUAUAGUAGGAUAAUGUUUAAGCUUCUUUUCCUUAUUUAGCAUGUGGACGAUGAAAAACAGAUGAAUUGGCUACAGAAGUGUAUUUUUAAAAAAUAGAGAAACAAUAUAGAGGUAAUUGACAAAAACUGAAGCUUCCUUUGCCAAAUGCCACAGCUAACUUUUGCUUGGGAGAUUGUUAUUCAUAACUGUUCCAGUCCAAAUGGAAUCACAAUUAGAGGGUGAAACAUACAAGGAUGAAAUAAAUCGCACCCUAAUAUUGUCAGGAGUUGAUGGAGUUUGACACAUUGUGCUAAGCCAUUAUAAGGUUUGUUUGUGAUGUGUGAUCACAGUUUUCUGUGGGUUACUGAUUAAACUUUAGUAUAUUAUUUGAGCCCACCGUAGCUUUGAACCUGAAGUAGCUGCCAUAUUCCCUUUCUAGGAACUGGAAUGUGAAAAAAAAAUGUUAGAAAGUCAGUUGGUACUGAACCCAGCAAGUUUUACGUUAGAGAAAAUAUGCCUACGAUUGUACUGUCAGUGUGAUUCCUUGUACAUUGAAGUGAAGGAAACAUGCCUUCUGAACCAUUUCAGGGAAGUACACGAGAUAUUUUGCUGGGUAUAUUUUAAAGCUUUUUCAAAGACUCCUGUUUCAUGUAUAGGACUCAGAUUUAGUUGUUUAUUUGCCCAGUUGCCUUAUAAAACUUACAUGAAGCCUUGUAAAAUCUUAUUGUCAAGUUUGUAAUUUAUUUUUUCACUAGUAAAAUGUUAUAAAUAUGAACUAGAAUGGACAAUGUAAAGAAUGCUUCUUGGUUUGUCACUCGUAGUUUCUAGAAAAAUACAAAAUGUUUUAAAUAAAAAUUAUGAGAACAAA